AACACGUGUUUUUCAGUUAACCUAUAAGUUCUAUAGAUAUUUAGAAAACUAGUACUAUGUCAGUAUAUCACGACGAAGUGGAAAUCGAAGAUUUUGAAUACGACGAAGAAGGAGAAAUUUAUUACUAUCCCUGUCCUUGUGGUGAUCAAUUUCAAAUAUCAAAGGCAGAUCUUAUAUCUGGUGAUGAUGAAGCUAUGUGCCCGUCGUGUUCUCUCAUUGUUAAAGUAAUUUAUAAUAAGGAAUCUUUUUCUGAAAAACAAAAUUUUACUAAAACAGAAAGUGUUGCUGAAACAGAACAAAAACUUAACACGCAAAAAGUUUAAGUUAAUUUCAUAUUAGUGUAUAUUAUUUAUCUAAGAACUUUCUAAUCAUGGCAGGAAGAGGACAUGGAAAAGGUUCUAUGUCUUUUACUUUUGAACAAUUAGGACUUACUAAAGCUGAAGCUAUGAUGCAUAAAUCUUUAGAACCUCCACCAAAAUAUCCUAUAUUAGAGUAUAAGCCAUUGCCUUUUACCAUUACUAAUGAAAUGAGUUAUUUAUUGGAAUUGAAAAGGGACUUUGCCGAAUAUUUAAAAGAAUCUUCUUUUAAUGUGAGACCUAUUGAAGUAAAGAAAGAUGUUGAACGUUAUUCAGAUCGUUUUCAAGAUUUGAUGACGGAUAAAAGUAGCUAUGAAACUAAGUAUGACUGGUCUAAAAUACCAGAAGAAUUAAAACCAUCUUCUAUUCGUAGAAAAAAAGCUUUAGCAGCAACAGUGCCUAAGAAAAAACAGAAAGUGGUUGAUGUAGAAUCUAAAUUACAAGAGUUAGAGAAAAAGGAGAUUAAUCAACAAGGUGAAGUAUUGGAAUCGGAAGAAGAAAAAGUAGAGGAAGAAGAAGAAGAAGAGAAAGAAGUGGGUGUAGAUGGAGACGAAGUAGAUGAGGAAAUGGAUGAAGGAACUGAUUACGUAAAUAGUUAUUUUGAUAAUGGAGAAGGUUACGAUGAUGAAGAAGAUAAUAUGGAUGACGGAGCCAUCUAUUAAAAUUUAUCUUAUUUUAAAGUUACUAAUAAUUCAAUCUUUACAAAUUCUUGCUAUAUAUUUAUAGGAUUUUUCUAUUGUAAAGUUCUAUAUAUAUAAUAUAAUGCAACUAUAUUUCUUAUACAAUAGUGCCGUAAAUAUAUUAUCUAUUGAAAGUUUGUAUUAAAGACUGAUGUAUAUUGCUAAUAUUCUUACCUCAAUUGUA